AUGGAUAUACCUUCAAUGUCCAUCACCACUAUUGACGAAAUUGGGGAAGAGAGUGAUGUGUCAGAAGAGGAAUGUAACGAGGAUCCUGAAGCGGAUUUUACGCGAAACUAUUGGGAGGAUGAGGAUGAGGUCUACCAGGAGUUUGAGGAGUUGGACUUUGAGUCCCUCCCGGAUCACUCGGACACACACAGUGUUGCCUCAGACGAUUCUUUCUAUCCUCCAGACAGUCCAUUUCAGACUGACCGCCCCCCGAGCCCUGACAGCCCUGAGCCUAUUUCAUUCUAUAAAGCCUGCUGCAACAACAACUCCAUCAUAGUCAAGAUUAUGAUCAGACAAGGAGUGACCGAAGAGGAAGUGAAAGAGACGGAUCAUAACAAAAGAUCUGGUCUGAUUGUUGCGUGCUACCAUGGCUACGUGGAAAUUGUCAUCGCCCUGUCCCAGUGCCCCUAUCUGGACAUUAACUGGCAGGACAACGAGGGCAACACCGCUCUCAUUACUGCAGCACAAGCAGGUUAUUGGUACAUCGCAAACUACCUGCUCAAUUACUUUCCAGGGAUGGACAUGGAGAGGAGGAACUGUCACGGUUUCACAGCGCUGAUGAAGGCUGCCAUGCAGGGCCGGGCCGAGUGUGUCAGGACUCUCAUGCUGUCUGGAGGCGAUAUUCAGGCUCGGGACAAUGGCCGCCAGUUGACACCCAGGGAGUGGGCUCUCUUCACCGGUCGAUAUGAGACGGCCUAUCUGAUGCAACGGCUGAUAGCAAGGCCCUGUGCUGAGCAGUUCUGUGACUCCUUCUCUCUGGAGUGGCCCAUGUUGGAGGAGCGGGCGGCCCAGUCCGAGGAGCCGAAGUCCUGCAAGAAGCGGUUGAUGGACUUAUUUUCGUGCUGCCCUUAUAGGUUUUACAUUAAUAAUAAGGUAGACCCUGUCGAUGAUGGAGUUUUUGAGCACAUGGUCCAGGUCACCACGAGCAUCUGCUCUCCGUUCAUGGCCACAGCUUGUCGCACAGUGUGUCCAGGCAGCCCCCCGUGUCUCGGGAAGCGUCGUCAGGCCGUGCAGGAGAUCCUGCGGAAGCAACGGGUUUCUGAGCUGAAGUACAUGGGCCCGGAACGACUGAACAACUACAAGAGAUUUUUCCAGAACUCCAAGGUCCUUCUUAUUCCCAAAGUGCUGGAUCGGAGGGCCAGCCUGCAGCCUCUGCUAAAUGACGUGGCCACGUUGGCCAUGAGGCGGGCGAGCCUCCUGCCUCUGCAUCUGCUGAGGAGGAACAGUGUGCGGCCAGGCACGGUGGUGCCAAAAUUGAGGCUUUGCAAAGCGCCGUCUUCAAGCUACUUACCCGAAAUACUCAAACGGAGAAGGAACAACAACCAGCUACAGAUCCCCAAGUGGAACUACAAGAUGAAGAGAAUAGAGAGGAGGCAGGAGGAGGAGAGGCAAAAAAUGUUACCUCAGAUAAGGAGGAGAUGA